AUGAAGAGCUGGCUCCGGACGCUGGGCCUGACGGCCCUGCUCGCAGGCUCAGUGCUUGCCAAUGAUGUGGAACUGGUGAGCUCGUUUGAAUCCGGCUUCUUUGAUGGGUUAAAUCUUGCUAACCUGUUAAUCUUCUUUUUCCAGAAAUCCGAUGAAGCGCAUCGCCAGCGUUGCUCAGGGAUGUACAGCCGCAAGGCUUGGGGAGGAAGUAUCGACCCAUUCAUCUUAGUGAAAUUCUCCAAGUCAGCCGCAUCACAGGGUGAUCCACUGGCUAGCCUGGUUAUUUUUGAAUGGAAGGACGAAGAAUUGAUUGGCCAGUACCGAAACCCGGAAGAAGACCAUGAGAACGAGCUCAAGGAAACCAUCUGCGACCAGAACAAUGUCGACGCCAAACUUUGCACCUCAGAACAGAUCGGCUCCUUCCUUCUGACCAAUAACGCAACCGAAGUUUCUUUGAACCCCAUUAUCUCCACGGCCGUCCACCUGAACGACCCUGACGCAAUCAAGUACACAGUGCGGAAGACCGGCUUUUACUGCGUCAGCACAUAUGCAUACUCAGACGAGCCCUACACUGCGGUGGUGACUUUCCGCAACUCUUAUGGAGAGCUUCCUGCUGCGCAAAUCGCAAAGCUUCCUUUCUACGGUGCUUUGACGAUUGUAUACGCCGUCGUCGGUGUUUUCUGGGCGUUCCUCUAUGUGCAAAACCGCCACGAUAUCCUACCCGUCCAGAACUACAUCACUGCCAUCGUGGUGUUCUUGAUCGUCGAACAAUUGAUGACCUGGGGAUUCUAUAACUAUCAAAACAUUCAUGGCUUGAAUGGAGGGGCUAAGGCUUUGAUGACUAUUGUCGCGGUUCUGAACGCCGGCCGAAAUGCCUUCUCAUUCUUCCUCCUACUCAUCGUUUGCAUGGGUUAUGGUGUUGUCAAGCCUUCUCUGGGUCGCACAAUGAUCUAUGUCCGCAUUCUGGCAAUUGCACACUUCAUCUUCGCAGUCGUCUACUCGGUUGCCAGUCUUUCCAUCACGCCCGACAGCGCUGGACCUCUGGUUCUCCUGAUUGUCCUUCCUCUCGCCGGAACGCUGACUGCCUUCUAUGUCUGGACCUUGAACUCCCUCAAUGCUACAAUGAAAGAUCUCAUCGACCGCAAACAGAAGACUAAGGCGCUUAUGUACAAGAAACUGUGGUGGUGUAUUCUUGGCAGUAUCAUAGUCAUCUUUGGCUUCUUUUUCAUCAACUCCUUUGCAUUUGCUGGUCGCAGCGAUGCCGAUUUUGUUCCACAGCACUGGAAGGCACGGUGGUUUGUCUUGGAUGGCUGGCUCAACCUGGUGUACUUGUUUGACAUCUGCUUCGUGGCCUACCUGUGGCGACCAACUGCGAACAACCGACGCUUCGCUAUGAGUGACGAGCUUGCCCAAGAUGACGAUGGCUUUGAGAUCCGAUCGUUCGGCAGUGGACUCGAUGAGGAAGAUCCUUUGGAUGCUCCUCCCGAGUACCCCGGCAGCUCCGCUGCUGAGGGUCGCCGAGAUCUCUCCCCUAUGCCGCCGAAGCCUGUCUCCUCCGCCCAUCGCGCAUCCCUAGAUGAAGAAACCAUCUUCGCUGUGGGUGAUGAGGACAAGUGGUCCGAUGAUGACGAGUCUCCGCGCAAUUCAGGCGAGCACCAAAGACUCACCCACCAGAGCUAA